UAUUUUAGAAGCAAAUUAAAAAUUUAUUUAAAUUUAAUUUAAAUUAAAAAUUUUUUAUUUUUUUAUACUAAAAGAAAAGUGACAUUGGUUCAUUAACUUGCACAAGAAAACGAACUAAAUUCAUUUUUGCGAAUCGUUUUGACAAUGAUAAACACCAAUGGAAUAUAAUAUUACCUUACAUUAUUAUAUAAAUGAUAAAAAAAUGUAAAAUGGUGGGAAACAAAUAUUCAGCAUUCUUGCUAUUGAUAUUAUCGCAUUAUAACUUUUUCGAGAAAGGAAUAACAACGCUAUCAAACGUUAUUUAUGCUAAUUUUAAUCACUCAUCUAGUGUUACGAAUAUUGAUUCAACGGAUAAGGGGAAUAACUUGAAAGAAUUUCAUAACGUAUUAGAUGGUAAGCAAUUUUACAAAAAAAAUGUUAAACGAGUUACAUUUUCCAAGCUUGACCCGUGCCAGCAGUACGGCUGGGAAGAAAAUAUAAACUUCAACAGAUCCAUUGGGCAAAAUGUCAUUAAUAGUUCAUCACAUAAUUAUAACGAAGAACGUAACGAUAAUCUGACGGGUGAGAUCGUAAAUCCCGGUUAUCAUGAUCAAUAUCCCAACAAUAUGGAAUGCGUCAACAUUAUAGUGGCUCCGAAAAAUUAUGUAAUAUCCUUAUCCUUCGAUGUCAAAACUUUCGAGAUAGAGCCUUCCUCGAACUGUCAAUUUGAUUUUCUGGAAAUGAGGGACGGUCCUUUUGGUUGGUCUCCAUUGAUAGGUAAAUUUUGCGGAUUAAAGCAUCCAAACUUGUUUCAAUGGAAAUCGAUGGGUCGAUAUGUGUGGAUGUAUUUUAAAACUGAUAAGGAAUUGAGAUACAAAGGAUUUCGGCUUCUCUACAAGUUCGUCAUCGCUAGAGACACUCAUAAAAAAUUGAAUAUCUCCAGGCAAGAUAAUUACGUUCAAAGUAAGGAAAAGAAGCACGAAACUUCCCACUUCAAACUAAACGAAGCGAUGGAAUGUAUAAAAAUACUCCCAGCUAAGAAGUACGACCAUAUCAAGAUAUCCGACAUAUCCACCAACUCGAAAACGCUAUCCAAGUUGUUAGACAUAGCGAUUGAUUGCGUAUGGAUAAUCGAGUAUCCCCCGCUAUCAAACGUUUUUCUCAGACUGCCUCAUAAAAAUUUAUUAGGAAGCUUGGACUGUCGUAUCGCCGCCUUAGAACUAUAUUCCGCAGCUUCCUCUCUAAAUAAUCGUUUCGUAAAAAUAUGUCAAGCUCAAGAUCCACAUUUAAAAUCAUCCACUUAUAAUACCGAUUUUGCCCAUGAUACCUACGACAAUAAUAAGGAUAAUACAUCUUGGUUCAAUAAAAAUGAUGAAGAUUCUUGGGUUUCUUGCAGUAAAUUUUUAACCAAGAGGAGGCCUGUUAAAUUAUUUGUGAGAUUGCAAAUCAGUUCCUACCCUUCAUUUUUAACCCUAUUGCGGGCGAAAGGGUCUAAUACCUCCAACAAAUUUAGGAGCAAUUCCUUAGAGUGUGUCGAGGCAACUGCCAAUGGUAGAAAAUCUUCUAGCAAAACAUGUGAAAAUACCGAUUAUAACAAUAUCGAGGAUACUAUAACUUUAUUCGAAUAUACUCUCUUUACAACGAACGUUAAAUGUAGAGUCGAUUCUCAGUUCGAUUGUGGUAACAACACUUGCGUUGACAAAACUUUUAUAUGCGAUGGCGUUGUUAAUUGCCCAAAUUUUAGCGACGAACAUAAUUGCCAUGCUAAAAGAUUUACAAGUAGAGAUCUCGGAAAUUUUUCUAACUUUUUGGGAACCUGGUUUGGAGAUAAAUUGAACGCCUCGAUUGUUUUACUGAUUCUGGCAUCUUCGGUGAUUAUUCUAGGAGGAGCUUACGUAGCUUACAAAUUGUCCGAAUGUCAGCCAUUAACCUUCGGAAACGGAAAAUUGUGGAAUUUAUAUUAUGCUAAAAGGGGCAACUUAAGCACUAAAAGUAAUAGCGGAUUGAGUGAACAUACCACUUAUUCGUUCAAUGACUUAACGCCCAAAGUUGAAAGAGUUAACCUCGAUAUCGACUCCAUGACUGCUGAACCAAAUAAUUUUUUAGAGAGCGCGUCUCUAGCAAGCUUCGAUUUUAAAAAAUUGAACGGGGGGCAUAACAUAAAUGUUAAGUACCAAGAUAAUAUUCGCGUUAUUUACGGAGAAAAUUUAUCGCAGAACAACGACAGAAAAAUGAUUGGUCAGGUCGAAGAAACGAAUAGGCUCUAUUACGUUAAGGAGGCCACUAAAAUCAAGCCUUUCCAACAUAAAAGAAUGACACCUGAAGGUAAUACACAAAUUCUCCAAAAUGAUUCUCAGCGGGGAUCCAAAGAUUUAAAUCUGAACGUGAUUCCUAUUUAUAUGACCGGCACGACCAGAUCCAAUCAUGACUUUGCUAGAAAGGACGCGAAAAACAUUUGGCAUUAUCAUAAUACCGACGCUAAUCAGAGUCUAAAUAAUGAUCGAAUGGGAAAUAGAAAUAUUUUAAUGAACUUGAAAUCAAUUUUAUUAUGA